GUACCGAUUCAUAAGCGACAUUCACAUCACGCAAUAAUAGACCGAAACGGAUGUCGCCACUAUAACAUUCAUUCAAAAAAAAAAGUAAGGGCAAAUUGAUCACGCUCUAAAUCAAAUCGGAAAGGUAUAUAUACUGCCAUCUUUUGAGUCUUUAUACCAUUCUCGCCCAUCAUCUCGUCAACGAUUCGAUUCGGCAAACAUCUGCCUUUUGUGGCGAUUAAUCGAGUUUCUCUUUCUCUUGUAAGACGAGUUGCAACAAUGUCCACUUCUACUUCUCAACCUUUUGCGCAUCAACAAUUGCGUAGAAAGACUACUCAAGCUCAUCGUACUACUUUGGCAGAUAGCCUUGGCACAUCUACCUCCACCAAGAAUGUUAUCGUCUUAGGUGGCAGUUAUGGAGGUAUGCAUGCUGCAACCGUUUUGGCAAACAAGUUACCGCCAACCCAUCGUGUGAUCUUGAUCGAGAGAAAUAGUCAUUUCAAUCAUCUUUACGUCUUUCCGCGCUUUUCGACUUUGCCAGGACAUGAACACAAAGCUUUCAUCCCGUAUACAUCCAUCUUCAAAGAUGCUCCGGCUCGCUCGUCUGAAACGCCACGACCUGUUGCUGGCCCAUCAAAAGGUCACACUCCUCCCGUUGAGACGCAUGAGAAUAUCGACGAUGGUUCUCGCUCGACAGAUUCAAGUCAAGCAUCAUUACUCGGUAUGGGCUCGCUCGGAGGUCAAAGAUUGAGAAGCAAGAUGUCAAACUUUAGCGAUUCAUCCGACGAAAGUCGUCAUGUGGCACGUUCAAGAUUCGGUGGAAGUUCAGCAAGUCGUUCUUCAAGCGUUGAUGACAACUCAUCCAUCUUUGAUACUAACGAUUCCUUGCGCAUUCGUCAAAGUCGACGUGGAGAUGAAGAAUCAUCACCGAGCUCGUCAGCCUCAUCUUCCUACUUAUCUCAUUCAUCCGAAAGGAUUAAAGAGCAAGAUGGCGAACGCGAUCGUGCUGCAAAGCUGGCAGGAACAGAAGGUAUGGGAGACGCUCUUCGCAUUGAUGCUGAAGCAUCCCGCGCUGAAGAGGAUCUUGGCAGACCGGAAAUCGAAGUGGAGGAGUUAUCGCAAGCGAUUGAGAAAGGUAUCGAUAUGGAAGAUGUGCCAUCAGACGACAACACAUCCACCUUUGAGGGAUCAAGUCCUCAUCUUGUCUUGCAAGCAAAUGUGACAAACAUCACCUCAACACAUGUCGAAGUAGAGUCUGUUUCUACAUCUUCUUCUAAAUCCGUUUGGUCUAUCGACAAAGUGGCAAUUCCUUUCUCUCACAUCGUCUAUGCUCUUGGAUCACACUUGCCGGAUCCUUUGCGCACAGAAGCAAGAACCAAAUUACACGGAAUAGAAUGGAUGCAGCAAUUCCAAAGUCGUGUAAAGGACAGCGAAGAGAUCGUCUUAGUUGGAGGUGGAGCAUUGGGAGUUGAAUUCGCUACUGAUAUCAAGAGUGUUCACCCGGAAAAGUCGGUCACUCUCAUUCAUUCGCGCAAACAACUUUUACCAAACUUUGAUCCUCAAGUUCAUGAAAUUGCUCACAAGAGACUUCAAGAGUUGGGUGUCAAUGUUGUCCUUGGCGAGAGAUUAGCAUUGACAGAAGGAUGUCCACGCGGAAGCAGCGUCAAACAAGAACAACUCGAUGCUUCCUCAAACGAUCAUCGUCAAGGCGAAGUAUGCCUGUCAUCGGCCAACAAAGGAGGCGAAGGCGAACAAGCACGAAACGAAGGCAUGUGUUUGGGUAACGGUCGCAAGAGAGUGAAGACGACUCACGGAAAAGAAUUCGAGUGUGAUCUUUUACUCUUGUGUACCGGUCAACAGCCUAAUUCAGGCUUGAUGGCACAUCUCUCACCCACAAGUGUGGACCCUAGUACAAGAUUGGUACGUGUCAUGCGUACUUUACAAGUCAAAGUUCCAGAUCCAAACGGAAGUCUUGCUCAAAUGCCUUUCGAUGCCCGUCCACCUUGCGGAGAUUGUGAUUGCUUCUUGGACAAAAAAGCAGCAGGAGCGGAUGAUGAUCAAUCAACCGCGGUUAAAGGUCAUGAUCAUGAUUCUACCUUGUCAAACGUUUACGCUAUCGGUGAUGUUGCAGAUGCCUUUGGCGCUUUGAAUGCGGGUUAUCAAGCAUGGUCAAUGGCUGAUACAGCAGCAGAGAAUAUCAUUCGAGAUAUUGCAAAUGCAUCCGCCGCUUCUAAUGCAGAAAAGACGCAAUUGCAACACUUUGAUCCGGCGGCCAAUAUGCUCAAAUUAAGUUUAGGUUUGGGCAAGAUGGUCUUCCAAGGAGCACCAGACGAAAAGACUGGUAGACCCGCUGUUGAAGUUCGAGAAGAUCCUUCGGAUUUAGCCGUCGAAGGUGUUUGGCAAUUCAUGGCAGGCAUGAGCACUGAUGAUAUGUACGUUUGAACAUUAUUCACUUUUGUCAUCUUUUAUCUUUUUCCCAUUUUCCCGUCUUUUUCGAUAGCCCAAGUCAUCAUGUAUUUUUUAUCCAUUCAUAAGAAUCCAUCCAUAAUCAAUUCAACAAUGAAAAGCAUGC